AUGUCUUUUACAACAACUGUUACCGCGGCACCCCCGCCCGGUCAACCAGAUAUUGCUUACGCUCCAAACUACGAAAACUACCAAGCCAGAACAGCCAAGCGACUCAAAGAGGGGAACCUUCCGACUUCGGUCCCAGAUGGCUUCCCGAAACAACUAAAUGGCGAUCUUGUAUGGGAAGGCGACUCAGUUGGCCAAACUUAUGACUGGACUUAUAAGCUAUCCGAGGACCAGCUCGGCGAGAUUGAUCAGGCUUUACAGCAUUUCAAAGGUCUUGGCCUCUCACUGGGGCAUCUCACGACAGAGACAUUCCCUCUACCAAAUCUACACUCAGAAUUGCGAAAGUUAUCCGAUGAGCUGCACAAAGGCCAUGGUUUCUUCGUCAUCCGCGGCGUUAACGUAGACAACUACACCCGCGAAGAAAACGCCAUAAUCUAUGUCGGCAUCUCGUCACAUAUCGCAUCGCAGCGAGGUCGUCAAGACAGCAAGUUCAACGGCAAACCCGCCGACGUUGUCCUCACGCAUGUAAAAGAUCUCAGCGCCGGUCAAGACAAGAGCGCGAUCGGAAGUCCGGCGUAUACUACUGACAGACAGGUUUUUCAUACUGAUUCUGGUGAUAUCGUGUCGCUGUUUUGUCUACAGACGGCGCUAGAGGGCGGUGCAAGUAGGAUUGCGAGUACGUGGAGGGUUUAUAAUGAGUUGGCAAGGACGAGGCCUGAUUUGAUUCAUACGCUGUCGCAGAAUUGGGAUGUUGAGAACUUCGCAAACCCGAAUAAGAAGUUCACGACUCGACCACUUCUCUAUCAUCAAAAGGCCACCGAUACACUGCCUGAGAGAGUUGCGUUGCAGUACGCUCGUCGAUACUUUGUCGGAUUCGGUGCACUGCCACGGAGUCGCGAUAUUCCGCCCAUCACCGAAGCUCAAGCCGAAGCUCUCGAUGCUCUUCACUUCUUGGGAGAUAAACUAAGUGUUUCGACCAACUUUGCAAAAGGCGAUAUGCAAUUCGUCAACAACCUCGCUGUGUUUCAUGCUCGAGACGCAUUCACCGAUUCGCCAGCUCAGCAGUAA